AUGUCAGACGUUGUGUUGAAGGAUGAGGCCAUUUUCCGGUCUGCGGAAAUGUCGCUUAUCCAGCUUUAUAUUCCGCAGGAAGUUUCCAGGGACGCUGUUUAUGGGAUUGGAGAAAUCGGGCUGGUACAGUUUCGAGACUUGAAUACCAAAGUGAAGGCGUUCCAACGGACCUUUGUGAAGGAAAUCCGCCGUUUGGACAAUUUGCAACGUCAAUACCGGUACUUUCAUUCUUUACUUGUCAAGCACAAUAUCAAGUUGUAUGAAGAGUUCGAGGACGAAAAAACGUUUUCGUUACCACCCAGUACGUCCAGCAUCGAUGACCAUGUCGACAGCGGAACGCUUUUGGAAGACCGGAUGGUGCAAUUGGUGGAGGCUAGCGAGCAGCUCGAAAAGCAAAAAGCGGACCUCGAGCAGAACAGAUUCGUGUUGCAAGCCGGAGACUCGUUUUUCGGCGGGGUUGGUAAACAAGACUCCGAAGCAGACAUGCCACCGCAAUCCAUUUCGUUUGUCACGGGUGUGAUUCCCAGAUCUAAGGUCAGCAGCCUCGAGCAGAUUUUGUGGAGAGUGCUCAGAGGCAAUCUGUUGUUCAAACGCAUCGAAGUCCCAGGAUUGGUGUACGAUGCGAAGCUCAAGGAACCUGUUUACAAGGACGCGUUCAUUGUUUUCUCGCACGGUGCGUUGAUCAUGCAACGUAUCCGUAAGAUUGCCGAAUCUCUGGACGCGAACUUGUACGACAUUAGCGAGAGCCAGGACGAAAGAUCCGAGCAACUCUCGAAAGUGAACACGAGCCUUUCAGACGUGAACACAGUCUUGGAUUCGACUACAAAAAGCCUCGAGACCGAGCUUUAUGCGCUUGCCAAGGAAUUGGAUGGGUGGAACAAAUCCGUUUCGCGUGAAAAGGCGCUUUACGAAACUUUGAACCUUUUCAACUACGACUCUAAUCGUAAAACGCUUAUUGGUGAAGGCUGGGUGCCCACGGACGAGCUUGAAGACCUACAAGAGCAUCUUUCGACGCUAACGGCGAAUCUUGGUGUUGACGUUCCGUCGCUAAUCCAAGUUAUGGAAACCAACAGAACUCCUCCGACGUUCCAUAGGACCAACAAGUUCACGGAAGGCUUUCAAAACAUUUGCGACUGUUACGGCAUUGCCACUUAUCGUGAAAUCAAUCCCGGUCUGCCCACCAUUGUGACUUUCCCUUUUUUGUUUGCCGUUAUGUUUGGCGAUAUGGGUCACGGUAUGUUGAUGACAAUGGCUGCUUCUCUGCUUGUCAUUUACGAGAAACAAAUCGGUAGAAUGAAAAGGGACGAAAUUUUCGACAUGGCCUUUUCGGGAAGAUACAUUGUGUUGCUCAUGGGUCUGUUUUCGAUCUACACCGGUUUCCUCUACAAUGAUAUGUUUUCGAAAUCGUUGACCAUUUUCAAAUCUGGUUGGAAAUGGCCUGAACACUGGGAAUUGGGCGAAACGAUAUUUGCCAAACAAGUGGGCACUUAUGCAUUUGGGUUGGAUCACGCUUGGCACGGUACUGAGAACGGUUUAUUGUUUGCCAACUCUUACAAGAUGAAGCUGUCCGUGUUGUUGGGUUUCAUCCACAUGACUUACUCGUACAUGUUCUCUUUGGCGAAUGACAUUUAUUUCAAAAAUUGGAUUAACAUCGUGGGCAAUUUUGUCCCAGGUCUAUUGUUCAUGCAGGGCAUUUUCGGCUACUUGUCGAUUUGUAUUGUAUACAAGUGGACUAUCGAUUGGGUUAAGGAUGGCAGGCCAGCACCAGGUCUAUUGAACACUCUAAUUAACAUGUUCCUAUCACCUGGAACCGUUGAAGAAGAACUGUAUCCUCAUCAGGCGCAAUUGCAGGUUUUCCUUUUGAUUGUCGCCCUUAUUUGUGUCCCAUGUUUGCUACUGAUCAAGCCCUUACAUUUCAAGUUCACCCAAGGUAGGCACGAACAUCAGCCACUUGCGGGCUCUGAAGAAGGCGUCGCGCAACAAGACCAAGAGAACGGUCUCCUCGAGGACGAAGAUGACGACGAAAACGAGGGAGGCCACGGCGAGGAAUUCGGCGACGUUGUUAUUCACCAGGUGAUCCAUACCAUUGAAUUCUGCUUGAACUGUGUCUCGCACACCGCGUCUUACUUACGUUUGUGGGCGUUGUCGCUUGCGCACGCGCAGUUGUCUUCUGUGCUCUGGACUAUGACCAUUCAAAUUGCGUUCGGUAUGACCGGUUUUGUCGGUGUGGUGAUGACCGUGGUGCUCUUUGGAAUGUGGUUCGUGCUGACUUGCGUCAUUUUGGUCGUUAUGGAAGGUACUUCUGCCAUGUUGCAUUCGUUGCGUCUACACUGGGUCGAAUCCAUGUCCAAGUUUUUCGAAGGUGAGGGAACUCCUUACGAGCCAUUCAAAUUCCACUGUGUCGGCUUUGAGGUUCCUGCAUAA